AUGAAGGAAGCAAUAGUGAAAACUGACAUCUCCGUCGACAUUGUCGAUUCUCCUAUCCCUAAGCCGGGCCCUGGUCAUGUGUUAAUCAAGGUCGUCAUCGCAGGAUCCAACCCGAAAGACUGGAAGGUCCCCGUCUGGAGCGGUUCCAACAUGAAUAGCGGCGACGACAUCGCCGGUACCAUCGAAGCCGUGGGAGAGAAUGUCGUCGGUUUACACAAAGGGGACCGCGUAGCUGCCUUCCACGAGAUGAGGACCCCCCACGGCGCAUUCGCCGAGUACGCCGUCGCGCCCUAUUACACCACCUUCCACAUCCCGGACUCGACAUCAUUUGAGGAGGCUGCCACAAUCCCCCUGGCAGCCUACACGUCCGUCUGCGCGCUCUUCCAAGAGCUUGAGAUUCCAGAACCCUGGUCUCCGCUCGCCAAAGCCGCGGCAAAGAAGGAGACCAAGUCUCCUCUGAUCAUCUACGGAGCCAGUACCGCCACGGGAGCCUUUGCCAUCAAGCUUGCUGCGGCCGCCAAUGUCCAUCCCCUCAUCGCAGUGGGAAGCAAGCGUAGCGAAUUCAUCAGGCCCUUUCUCGACGCGAGCAAGGGAGAUGCACUCGUUGACUAUACUGCCUAUUCGACAGAGGAGGAGCUGAUCAAGGCCAUCCAGGAAGCCGUCAAGAAGGGAGGUGCUCCCGAUGGCCGUUGCUGGAAGGCCUACGAUACCGUUUCCGAAGAUGAAACCGUCAGGCUUCUCACCAAGGUCAUUGCCGGCCCGGCCGACGCCGCUGGACAGAGGCCAAAGUUGACCAACAUUUUAUUAAAAACCAAGGUCGAGGGUGCUCACCCGAGUGUUGAUAUCGUCACCUCCAUGGUUGGCCAGGUUCACAAGGAAGACGAAAAGGACAAGCUUAUCGGGGUGACAUGGGCCGCAGCGUUUGCUCGGGGUCUUCGCGAAGGUUGGCUCACGAGUCAUCCAUACACGGUGGGCAAGAACGGUCUCGAGGGCUUGUCUGAAGGCCUCAAGGGACUCAAGGAGGGCAAGAUUCGCGGCCAAAAGUUCUUGACUCGCGUCAGCGAGACACCCGGGGCAAGCGCUUAA